AUGGGGACCUGGGGACCCAGGGAGUCGGGGACCCGCAGGUACCUGGGGACCCAGGUGGUUGGGGAUCCAGGGACCCAGGUGGUUGGGGAGUCGGGGACCCAGGUGGUUGGGGAGUCGGGGACCCAGGGAGUUGGGGAGUCGGGGACCCAGGGAGUUGGGGAUCCAGGGACCCAGCUGGUUGGGGACCCAGGGACCCAGGUGGUUGGGGAGUCGGGGACCCAGGGAGUUGGGGAGUCGGGGACCCAGGGAGUUGGGGAUCCAGGGACCCAGGGACCCGGGUGGUCAAGGAGAUGGGGACCCGGGGACCCAGGGAGUCGGGGACCCGGGGACCCAGGUGGUCAGGGACCCGGGGACCCAGGGAGUCAGGUACCUGGGGACCCAGGCAGUUGGGGACAUGGGGACCCAGGCAGUCGGGGACCCAGCGACCCUGGCAGUUGGGGACGUGGGGACCCAGGUAGUCAGGGACAUGGGUACGCAGGGACCCAGGUGGUCAGGGACCCAGGGACCCAGGUGGUCAAGGGACAUGGGCACCCGGGGACCCAGGCGGUUGAGAACCCAGGGACCCAGGUGGUUGGGGAUCCUGGGAUCCAGGGACCCAGCUGGUCGGGGACACAGGGACCCAG